AUGGCCGGUAUAUGGCCGUACGGGGACGAGAAAAUGAAAUGGGUUUCACGAUUCGUGAUACUAGUGAUCACUGUUACAGCUAUGACGACCCAGGUUGCGUACGUGAAAGUGAACCUGAGCACGGAUACUGUGAUAGAACAAUGCCCAUUUUUCACAAUGGGUUUAGGAAUAUUUUUGAAGGAGUUGAAUUAUAUCAUACACGAGCAACAGCUAAGGAAGCUUUUGGGGUGCGUAUUCGCAGAUUGGAUAGUAAAGCGGCCAAAACCCGAAAUGGACAUUAUGGACAAGUACGCGAAAAGAGGCCUGUUUUUCAGUCGUUUGUACGUAGCAAAUGGAAUCUUCUGCUACGUUCUCUUCACCGCAGUGGCGAUUACCCCUCGUGUUCUCGACCUUAUUUCGCCGAAAAACGAAUCGCGCGGAGUGGGCUUCAUUUAUCCUGCCAACUACGGCGUCGACGAAGAGGAGCAUUACUACUAUCUGAUGGGUCACAUGCUUUCCGUGAUAACUGUCGUGUUUUUCGUCUACAUCUCCUGUGACACGAUCUACAUGAAUAUCGUGCAACACGCGUGUGGAUUAUUGAACCUCUCUGGCACACGAUCAUUUAUGAUUAAUUACACCGAAGUGGACGACACGUAUAGAAAAGUGCGCCAUUCGAUCAAGGCUCAUCAACACGCUAUGGAGUAA